AUGUGGGUGUGUGUCUCUGAGGAUUUUACUGUAAAGACAAUUGUUGAAAAGAUAAUAAAAUCUGCAACUCGUAAAGAACUUGGAAAUUUUCAUUUGAACGAAUUGCAAGAAUUCCUUAGAAAAGAAAUUGAUGGGAAAAGAUAUCUACUAGUUUUGGAUGAUGCAUGGAAUGAAAAGCAGAAUAAAUGGGAUGAAUUGACUGAUCUAUUAAUGAAUGGUUCAAAAGGAAGCAAGACACUAGUUACUACACGUAUUAAAGAAGUUGCUAAGGUUACUAGCAAACUUGAAUCUUAUGUCUAUACCUUGACAGGACUAGAUGAAAAAACGUUUUGGUCGUUGUUUACCCAGAAAGCCUUUCAACAUGAGGUGGAACCAAAAGAUUCAAAAUUAAUAGAGAUAGGAAAAGGGAUUGUAGCAAAGUGUGGUGGAGUUCCUCUUGUCAUAAUGACAAUAGCACAAUGA